UAAAAGCAAAGAGAGCCAACGAAUAAACGAAAACAUAGUUACAGUUGAACAACAAUGCCUUUGAAAGUGAGAAAAUUCCCAGUCAUAGGAGACCCCAAAGAAUUUUCUCUUUUUCCUUGCUUUGUCUCUAAGCCAUCUCUCUUCUUCCUUCGAAGGACUGAUCAAAGAGGUUUAAAGCAUUUUCAGUAAAAAGUUCAGGUUGGGUUCAGGUUGGAGGGAUAUUUUGAUUGCCAGAUGGAAACAUCCUUGGGUGAAAACCAGUUCCAUGCAUGGUCGUGGUCUGUCGAGCAGUGUUUGAAAGAGUACAAAACAAAACUAGACAAGGGCCUGAGCACUUACGAGGUGGAAAAGCGUCGUGAGAGGUAUGGUUGGAAUGAGCUUCAGAAAGAGAAGGGGAAGCCCCUAUGGAAGCUCGUAUUCGAACAGUUUGACGACGUGCUUGUAAAGAUUCUUCUCGUUGCGGCCUUCAUAUCUUUCAUUCUAGCAUACUUGCAUAGGAAUGAAACUGGGGGGUCCGGGUUUGAAGCCUAUGUGGAGCCAUUUGUAAUUGUCUUGAUUUUGGUACUUAAUGCCAUCAUUGGAGUUUGGCAAGAGACUAAUGCUGAGAAGGCACUUGAAGCCCUUAAAGAGAUGCAAUGUGAAUCUGCUAAAGUUUUAAGGGAUGGGUAUCUUGUGCCAGAUUUGCCUACUAGAGAACUUGUCCCAGGGGAUAUAGUGGAACUGCGGGUAGGUGAUAAAGUCCCCGCUGACAUGAGAAUUGCAGUUCUGAAAACUUCAACCCUAAGAAUGGAACAAAGCUCAUUGACUGGAGAGGCGAUGCCUGUUUUAAAAGGCGCCAAUCUAGUCCUUAUGGAUGACUGUGAAUUACAAGCCAAAGAAAACAUGGUUUUUUCUGGUACAACAGUUGUGAAUGGUAGUUGCAUUUGUAUAGUCGCGAGCACUGGAAUGCACACUGAGAUUGGCAUGAUACAAAAACAAAUACAUGAGGCCUCGUUAGAGGAAAGCGACACUCCUCUGAAGAAGAAGCUUGAUGAAUUUGGAAACAGGCUUACAACUGCUAUUGGCCUUGUGUGCCUCAUUGUUUGGGUGAUUAACUAUAAAUACUUCCUUACUUGGGAUCUUGUGAACGGAUGGCCAACAAAUUUCCAAUUUUCAUUCGAGAAGUGCACCUAUUAUUUCAAGAUAGCUGUUGCCCUUGCUGUUGCUGCAAUCCCAGAAGGCCUUCCGGCUGUAAUCACAACUUGUUUAGCUUUGGGAACAAGGAAAAUGGCACAGAAGAAUGCAAUUGUGCAGAAGCUUCCGAGUGUGGAGACCUUGGGAUGUACAACUGUGAUUUGUUCGGAUAAAACUGGGACCCUAACAACGAAUCAGAUGUCUGUCAUAGAGUUUUUCACUUUUGGUGGAAAAAUAACAUCAUCUCAAAUUUUCCGUGUUGAAGGCACAACCUACGAUCCUAAAGAUGGGGGAAUCGUAGAUUGGAAUUGCUACAAUAUGGAUGCUAAUUUGCAAGCAAUGGCAGAAGUUUGUGCUGUCUGUAAUGAUGCUGGUAUCUUUUGCAAUGGCCGUCUGUUUAGAGCAACUGGUUUGCCCACUGAGGCUGCUCUUAAGGUUUUAGUUGAGAAGAUGGGGGUCCCAGAUAGCAAGGUUAGGAACAAGAUCCGUGACUCACAGCUUGCUGCAAACUAUUUGAUUGACUCCAACACUGUUAAAUUAGGUUGUUGUGAAUGGUGGACGAAGAAGUCAAAGAAGCUUGCAACAUUGGAGUUUGAUCGCAUUCGCAAGUCAAUGAGUGUUAUUGUCCGGGACCCAACUGGAAAUAAUCGACUACUUGUCAAGGGUGCUGUCGAGAAUCUAUUGGAGCGCAGUUCACACGUUCAACUUGCAGAUGGAUCACUUGUUCCAAUCGAUGAGCCUUGUAGGCAGCUUCUAUUGUUGAGGCACUUGGAGAUGAGUUCAAAGGGAUUACGGUGCUUGGGUGUGGCGUAUAAGGAUGAGUUGGGAGAGUUUUCAGACUACUAUAGUGAGAGUCAUCCUGCCCACAAGAAGUUGCUUGACCCGGCUUACUACUCCUCGAUUGAAAGUGACCUAGUGUUUGUGGGGGUCAUUGCUCUAAGGGAUCCGCCUCGUGAAGAAGUUCACAAAGCCAUCGAUGAUUGUAAAGAAGCUGGGAUUAAAGUCAUGGUGAUAACUGGCGAUAAUAAGUCCACGGCAGAGGCUAUUUGUAGGGAAAUCCGAUUGCUUUUUGCAGGCGAUGAUCUCAGGGGGAGGAGUUUUACAGGUAAAGAAUUCAUGGCUAUUUCCUCUUCCGAGCAAAUUGAAAUCUUGUCAAAACCUGGAGGAAAGGUGUUCUCACGUGCGGAGCCAAAGCACAAGCAAGAGAUCGUAAGAAUGCUAAAAGAGAUGGGGGAAAUUGUUGCCAUGACUGGAGACGGUGUGAAUGAUGCACCCGCACUGAAACUUGCUGAUAUUGGUAUCGCCAUGGGGAUUACUGGCACAGAGGUUGCAAAAGAAGCUUCAGAUAUGGUUCUAGCAGAUGAUAAUUUCAGCACUAUUGUAUCUGCUGUUGCAGAGGGCCGGUCUAUUUAUGACAACAUGAAAGCUUUUAUAAGGUACAUGAUAUCUUCUAAUGUUGGGGAGGUUAUAUCUAUAUUCUUGACUGCUGCUCUGGGAAUACCAGAAUGUAUGAUACCAGUACAGCUUCUUUGGGUCAAUUUGGUUACUGAUGGACCACCUGCCACGGCUCUUGGAUUCAACCCAGCUGAUGUUGAUAUUAUGCGCAAACCACCACGCAAAAGUGACGAUGCUCUUAUCAACUCUUGGGUCCUCUUCCGAUAUUUGGUUAUAGGUUCUUAUGUGGGCAUUGCAACUGUUGGCAUCUUCAUCUUGUGGUACACUCAGGCUUCCUUUAUGGGUAUCGAUCUCACAAGUGAUGGCCACUCACUUGUUGAGCUAUCUCAGCUUCGGAACUGGGGAGAAUGCCAUUCGUGGUCAAAUUUCUCAGUGACUCCAUUCACGGUCUAUGGAGGUCGUUUAAUCACUUUUUCUAACCCUUGUGACUAUUUUACCUCUGGCAAAGUGAAGGCAAUGACUCUUUCGCUCUCUGUCUUGGUGGCCAUUGAGAUGUUCAAUUCCCUCAACGCUCUUUCUGAAGACAGCAGCCUGAUCACAAUUCCACCUUGGAGGAACCCUUGGCUUCUUGCCGCCAUGACAGUCUCGUUUGGGCUCCAUUGCCUAAUACUUUAUGUACCUUUCUUCGCAGAAGUGUUCGGUAUUGUUCCACUGAGUUUGAAUGAAUGGCUUCUAGUUCUCUUGGUUUCGGCACCUGUGGUUCUACUUGACGAGCUCCUCAAAUUUGUGGGGAGGAGAAGAAGAAGAAGAACCAAGGUGAAGACAGCAUAGAAGGUCCUGCAGUUUGAACUGCCGAGAAAGCAGUUUUAUUUGGACUAGAGUGGAAAGAGCGUUAAUGGAUGCAUUAACUUAUAUUCUUUUGUUGUUCUCCUGUAUAACAAGUUGUUCACAAUAAUAUGCCGACACACAAAAAUGUGAUAUUGCUGUUUGGAAUUGUUUUCAUUUUGUUUUUGGUCGUCGGUGCUUUUGGAAUCAAAAAGCAACGAGAAGUUGGAAAACAUUGGAAUUCCAGUUUUGUGUGGAAACCAUUUUUGGGAAUAGAAUUUGGAGUCACUGUUUGAGUGUUC